CAUAAAACCAAUAAAAAAAUCGAAUAUUUUUGAAAAAAAUUGAUUAAAUUGAUCUGCUUGCUCACAACUUUAACUUUUCUCAUCUUAAAGUAAGCAGACGAGAAGGUGAUAAAUGGGGUGGAUUAUUAAAUUAUAGUAAACAAUCAUUUUUCGAUUUAGAAAUUAUUUAAAUAAUUCGUAAAAGUAAAAUUGAAUUCGUUUUAAGUUUCCAAUUAAAUUUUUUGAAUUGUUAAAUUUUCACCCAAAACAAUAUAAUUUUGGGACGUGAGAAAUUCUAGUAUAGUUGUUUACAUUUUCAAAAUUAUAUAGCUAGAUUAAAUUAUACUUUAAUUUUUGCAAUGUUUACCGGUAGAAUUGUCCGUUUUUUACGAAAGAAAAUCGUUCUUGCUAUUUUAUUCACAAUAUCUUUUUGUUAUUGUGUAUUCCAUUGGUUACCCGAAGCCGAUGACUCAAUGGCAGACGAUAAUAUGAUUCCUCCAAUAAAUCUUCCAUCUCAAUCUUUUAAAUGGCACACAUCCUAUGAUAAAACUAAUCACAGUUCAAAAAUAACCUCUUGCAGAAAUUCUGUCCAAGGAAAAGUUUUAAUUGCUGAUGAUAAAGGCUAUGUUUGUUCCAGGCAUGAUGUUUUGUCUAAUGGAUGCUGUAAUGUAGAUUCUUCUACCACAAGUCGGUACAACUGUGAAUCUUGUCAUGAAAAUGGCUGCUGCAGUAUUUAUGAAUACUGCAUUUCUUGUUGCUUACAACCAGAAAAAAGAAUGCUUUUAAUGAAAAUUUUGGGGAAAGCAUCUGAAACAUUCAAUAUUUUGUUUGCCUCAAUCACAGAUCAUUUUGAGCUUUGCUUGACUAAGUGUAGAACUUCAUCUCAGAGUGUUCAACAUGAGAAUUCUUACACCGAUCCAAAGGCUAAACAUUGUUAUGGAGAAUCUCCACCGGCAGCUCAAUUAGGAACCUCCUAGUGUUUUAAAAGGACAUUUUUAAUUUGUAAAUAUGAUGCUCCA